AUGAGCCUGCUCAAGUUGGCUGUAUCAAACUCACUAACUACUGUAAUGAAGCAGCUCAUCAUAAAACCCCUCACCACAAUUCGUAAUGUACUUUGGGGAGUUCCACCAUCUGAUCCCAAAGAGAGACGAUAUUUGUUCAAGCUUGACACGUUUGUGCUCACAUAUGUGUGUCUUCUUUAUUGGGUCAAUUACCUUGACCGUGCUAAUAUCGCUAAUGCUUAUGUGUCUGGUAUGAGGGAGGAGUUAAACUUGAGUGGUAAAGACUUCAACGUCAUCAACACCAUUUUCUACAUUGGCUAUAUCCUUACCAUGAUUCCGCACAACUUGAUUUUGUUGAAAAUUAGACCACGCUACUGGUUGACAUUCUGUGCAAGCGCUUGGUCCCUUCUCACGUUAGGGACAUACAAAGUAAACUAUUUUUGGCAAAUUUGCGUCAUCAGAUUUAUUCAAGGAAUGUUUGAGAGUUGUAUAUUUGGUGGUGUGCAUUUGAUCUUGGGGUCAUAUUAUACUAAUAGUAGAGACUUGGUGCUUCGUACAUUUGUCUUUACAUCAAGUGGUUUGAUAGGCCAGAUCUUUUCGGGUGUUCUUCAAGCAGCUAUUCAUGAGCACAUGAACGGGUGGCACGGGUUAGCAAGUUGGAGGGUUUUGUUUAUAAUGGAUUUUAUGUGCAGCUUCCCUAUUGUUAUUUACGGAUUCAUCUUUUUCCCGGAUGCACCCGACAUUGGAAGGCCAUUCUAUUUUACCGAGGAGGAGCAUGCAAUGGCUUUGGAAAGAUUGGUCAAACCGAAACAUUACAAGUUUGGAUGGGAUGUUUUUGCUCGUGUUUUUGGAAGUUGGCACUGGUACUUAUUUGGCAUGUUGUGGAUUGUUGGUGCCAUAAAUGAAUCAUUUGCAACAAAUAGUGUUUUUGCAAUUUGGUUGCAAUAUUAUGAUUACCCUAUCGCAGAUCGUAAUCAUUUCCCUAUGGGUGUAUUUGCUGUCGGUGCUUUGUCUACGGGGGCAGCAGCUUACUAUGUGAAAAACGUGGGUAAUGGAAAGCAGCAUUGGCAUGCAUCGAUGGCUAUUGCGGUUCUUGUGUUGAUAUCACCAAUCCUUCAGAUCACGAGACCGUUUACAAAAGGGUUUGUUUUUGUUGCCCAGUACUUGGAUGGUGUUUCAUAUGCUGCUCAGACCAUUUCUUUUAGUUGGGCAAAUGUUGUAUGUGCGGAUGAUUUACAAGAACGGGCUAUUGUGAUUAGUUCGAUGAAUAUGAUGGGGAACACGAUGAAUUCGUGGUGGUCGAUUGUGUUUUUUGCAGCAGAUACAGCGCCUAGGUUUCGCAACGGUGCGAUCGCACUUAUCAGCUCGGCCGCAGCUACUAUAUUUGUUGUUGGUACAAUUGCGUAUUUGCAAUUGAGAGACGACAAGAGGAAAAUAUGUUCAGUUCGUGAAAUCGACCCUGAAAAAGUGGAGGAAGAAAGCUCUCCUGAGAAGAAGGCUGAUGGCGAGUGA